UUUCCGACAUUUGUGUAUAUAAACUAAAAUUUUGCGCUCCAAAUAUCAUUCUACUCCUCAAACCUAAAGCAUAUACAACAAUGGCAAUUAAAAUCGCAGUCGUAUUGUGCCUCUUCGGUCUGGCCCGCGCCGGCCAUCUUGCCGCUGGAUCCGCACUCGGAUACUCGACCGGCCUCGGAUACAGCACUGGUCUUGGCUAUGGAACAGGUCUAGGCUACGGAUCCGGUAUUGGGUACACAUCUGGACUCGGUCAUGGAGCAGGCAUUGGAUACUCCGGAUACGGACAUGGCGAUGGUCUAGGUUAUGGCGGUCUCGGAUACGGUAGCGGAUACGGCUCUCUCGGUUAUGGCGGUUACGGUGGAUACAGCGGAUAUGCUGCACCCGCUAUAUCCACUGUGUCCGUUAAGAGAUAUUCGACUCCCGUCGUGGCGUACUCAACGGGAUACGGUGCUCAUGGUGGGUAUGCCCCAGCUGUGGGUUAUGGCGGCCACGGAUACGGCGGAUACGGAUAUGGUGGAUACGGACAGGCAUACGGUGGCUACGGAAAAUGGUAAAUAGUAAAAUUGUAAAAACUGAAUAAAUAAUUAUCAAUAUCCAUA